CUUUUCUUCGAUAGUUAACUUUUAUUAUUAGAAGACUUGAUUAUAAUAAAAAAAAAAUUGGCGUUGAUUUCUUUUAGAUUGUUAAGAGUAAAAGAAAUGAGAAAUUGAUUGAGUAAGGAAGAUUAUUAGGAAAAGCAUGGAAAAGGGUAGAGAAAAUAAAGAUUUUCUUAAAGAAGAUGGAUAUUUAUCGGUGGAUUCUUGUAAAAGAGUCCACAAAAUUAUAUUCCAUCCGAAUUUAAACGUGAUGUUAAUUAUAACAAAUCAAUCGAUUGUAAUUUUGGACAUAAAUUCUGGAGUAAUUUUGCAACAAAUACAUAAUGAAUCCAACAAAGUAGUAAAUGGAAGAUACCUAAUUGAACAUGAUAAAAUUUUAUUUUGGAAUGAUACGAAUAUGGGUAUGCGAAGUGUAUAUCCAACGAGUGUAUUGCUAUUAGAAACUAUUCUUCAGACUCCAAUAUGUAGUCCGGAUAAUGUUGUCAAAGUUGAGAUCUUACUAUCAGAAGCCGUUCUCUUAUACAACAGUUUACUAUCUCUGGAGCAACAAGGAGUUGAAAAUUCAGCCGAUAUUGUGAAUGAGCUGGUUCAAAAAAUCAGUGAAGCGCAGAAAAAAGGGAAAAAAGGAAUAAAGGCUCAAAAGUGGGACACAAUAUGCUUGGAACUUCCACACUCAAGCUUGAAAGUAGUUGCUAGUACGAUAGUUAUGGAACUGAAGAGUCUUCAAAGGCACAUACCUGCUCUAAGCAUCGCAUCAUCUAUCAAUGAACGAUUAACUGACCUCAUUAUUGGAGGCAGAGCAGUUGAAAAUGAUCAAAUUCAACGAUUUCAUAUGUAUUCAGAAGCUGCACGUCGUAAAACAUUCGAUUCUUGGCCUCAUAUGGACUACAAAUUUGCUCUUCCAGAUCAAAUGGCUCAAGCCGGAUUUUAUCAUCAAUCUAGUGAAACCGGGGAUGACCGAGCAAUGUGUUUCACAUGUUCUGUGUGCUUGGUGUGCUGGGAAAAAACAGACGAACCAUGGUCAGAACAUGAGCGACACUCCCCCGAUUGUGUUUUUCUAAAAGGCGAGUACACACAAAAUGUUCCAUUAUCAGUUACUUUUGCAACUAGUCCAGCAGUUGAAAUAUCAGGGUAUGAUAUUAUGUCCUUUGGCGAUUGUGAUAUUAUAUGUUUGGGAAACUCAGUAACUGGUGAUGUCUGUGUUUGGAGUGUCGAACGACAGCUAGAAAAAUGUGCAGAUUUUAAUAUAAAGUCAUGUGAAAAUAAUAUCAUGAAGCGUAAUAAUGAAGAGAGUGAAAUACAUAUUGAUUUAUUUGCUAUGUGCACUUUUAAGAAGGAAACUAUUACAAAGAUAAAGGAAUUGAAUUUAGACAAAUCCAAAUCGAAACGGAUUAGUGGGACACGGAUCAUUGUCGGAGUAAAAUGUAACGAAAUAGAAAAACAUAAAAAAAAGGCUUUUGAAUUAACAACCGGAAAGAAGUCAAAUUUUUAUUUAGUUUCAUAUGCGGUAGCAGAAGCUUUUUCUUCAUCGACAAAUAAAUUUUCAACUUUAAAUGGAAACGAUAGUGAAUCAUUAAGUUCCCACGCAAAUGGAAAAAGUGGAUCAUCGUCUCUAAUUACGAUUCACGAGUCUACAUAUGAAGAGAGGCUUGAAGGAUUUGAUGACAUUUUAAAAUUUGUCGAUAAUAAAGAUAACGCUAACGUUAAGAAAGCUGAUUCGCAAAUGACUGGAGUAUUGAAAAAUGAUCAUGCUUGGACUUUUAUUCCUAAAAAUGAAUCAUCUGAGAUAGAUUCGGUCAAAUCUUUAGCAGUGAAUGGUCCAUCAAUUGCUUCAAAACAAAAUACAACACAAGCAACAGAAUUCUUAGCAAAGAAUAAUACUGAAAGUGAAUUCGUUUGUUUUCCUAUGCAAGCCAUUGAAAUAGUUGACAUGAAUGAUAGUUAUGAAAUCAAAGAAAUUUUAACUUCGAGUGAUAAUCAUUACAUGAUUGUUUUCUUAAAAUCCUGCUUACCUGUAAAUGAAAAUGAAUGUAUGGAAACUGAUGUUAUAAAAAAUGGAACUAUACAGUCUCAAGUACUUGUCUAUGAAAUAGAUGACAAAGGACUUAUUAUGGAACAAAUUGUUUCUAAACGAAUCUUUGCUAAUGAUCAAGUACCAGUAGAAUUUUGCAUAUUACCAAAAUUCGAUACUAAUGAGCGCUUCUUUAGUGGAUGCCCAACUGAUUCAAAUGCAUUUGUAAUAACAUGCUCAGACGGUUCGAUAAAAGUCUUGUCGAUUGAAACAUUAAAUACUUUAUCUGAAGCAAAGGUUCAAGGAGAAAAUUUUAUUUCUUGUGUUUACUGUAAAAAUUUAGAACGCUUAUGUGCUUCAACAGCAAAUGGAACUUUACACUUUUACUCUUUUUAUGAUCUCGAUAACGAUUCAAGUGACGAAAUCGAGGAUGAAAUUAUAAAUUCGGUUGAAUCUAUUGAAAAUAAAUAUAAAAGAGUUUUGCCAUCGACUUCCAAAGCGUUUUCAAGAAUUGAAUGUGAAAAAAAUUCAAAAACUGAAAUAAUUGCUAAUCGGAAAAGUUUAAACUUGAAUGAUUUGAAAAAUCUCUAUUCAUUGACGCAAUUCGACGAAAAUCUCACUUCAUACUCCGCUGAAGUUCCAGGAUGUUGGACAGAAAUAUUUCAAGCAAAAAGACGUCAUCCUCAGAAUUUAAGUCCUGGUGAAGACACACAUUUAACGAGAACAUGGAGAUUGCAUAAUGAUGCAACAACAUGGGAUGAACAUUUAAUUGAAUUGAGUCUACCGAAACCCCCAUCAAUCGGACAUAUUGAUUUCAAAUUUUCAAUUCUACAACCCUGUAGUAAUCCACCUGCCAUACAAGUAACCUUACUGAAACAAAAAUCUAUUGGAUUAUGCUGCCGUAGAAAGCCGGGAUCAAAUAAACAAAGCUUCGCUGAACCAUCGAAAGAAGAUGUUGACAACAAUAUAAAUUUCAAUUUGAACUCUGGAACGUCACAAACAAAUACUUUCUAUGACAAUACAACAAUUGAGAAUCCAGUUUUAUCUGAGGAAUAUUUACAAGCCAGAAAUGCUGAAAUUCUUGUGGGGCCGAUCGAAUUGUCUUCAUGUAUGGAUCUAAAUGAACAAGGGGGUACGGUUACGUUUAUCAGCCCGAAACUGCUUAAGUCCAAAGCAAGGAAUUAUUUGAUUCAUUUAAAAACAAUGACUGAUGUGUCUAAGGAUAGUCAAUCUAAAACCAGAGGAUGCGAUUGGCUUCAUGAAAUAUCCAUAACGAUAAGAGCAACACGUGAAGUUUCAAGUAUAAACAACGAACGAUUACAACGCCUCGCAAUGUUGGAGUCAAAUAUUCUGAUGAAAAAUCUUAUUGGCAUAGUUAUUAGUAACAGUAGUUCACUAAUGCAAAAUAUUUCGAUAGACAUAUUAUAUUGGAUUCAGUGCAUAAAUUUAGCACGUUUUCGAAUUCCUAAAUCAUUACCCGAAAUUAAUUCACAUCAAAGAUUUUGUGUCGAAAUAAUUCAGGAAAAUUUAAAUGAGAUAAUACAAAAUUGCAUCCUCAUAAAUAAUCGUAGUAUGGCAAAGAAGACAGUUAAGCUUAUAGUUACCACUCUAAAUGGUGCAAGAAAUAUGACUGAUCAAAUAUCUUGUUCAAAUUAUGAAACUUCAUUAAAAAUGUCGAUAUUAUCACAAAUUCCCAAUAUCAUCAAAAUUAAACAUGCUGGAUCUCUAAGAUGGUUUGCAUUAUUAAUUGCUGACACAACAACAAACGAAUCACAGGGGGCUAUUUCUGUUGAAUUGAUGAAGCUCCUAGUUGAUAUUUUGAAUGAAGUAUCAAAAAGAGCAAACACUUUAAAUUCAUUAUUACAAUCACGAUUCGGAUUAUAUGGAAUGCCUUUUGAAUCUGAUUUGUUUGAUACGGAAAUACCGUCUUUUGGAAGGAACACUAACAACAAUAAUUCAUACUGCAACGUUUUUUUGCAUAAACCUGGUGUUAAUGGGCAGCAACCACAACCAAUACAAAAUCAAUUUAGUGAUUUAAAGAACUUUUGUGCCACUGACAAUUCAGAAAUAAGAAUUCCCUUUCACUUACGAAAAAAAAGUAUAAACAAUCACAUUAAGGGCUUAUUGGAAGUAGAACCGUUGCAUUUUAUAUGCUCAUCGACAUCUGAAGCAACAAGAAUUGAAAAUAUGGAUUCAAUAUCCUUACAAGCUACAAGUACAAUUGAUGAUAUUUUAAUUGAAACACCGCCUCAGAUUGGAACAUCGAAAUUAGCUGGGAAUGAUCAUAUUAUUAAAAUGCCCAAUGAAAAGAUUUCGUUUAAUAAUGAAACUGAGCUGGAAAAAAAAAUUGAGUCACCAUAUGCUCUCGCUAAAAAUGUGGUAGAUAAGAUUUUUUAUUCACAAAUAAAGAAAAAUAAAUACAAGGAGCCAUAUAUAAAAACAGGAACAAGUAAUACACCAAUAUUUACUGGAGAUGAAGAGUUUAUGAUGAUGCAACAGCAGGAAUCUAAUGAAAAAUCAAUUAUUGAAUCAAAUAAUCAAAAUUCAUCUACAGUCUAUAAUGAUAGAGUACGUGAAUUUAUUGAUAGUACGAAACUAGAUGAUAGCUUGAAUUUUCUACCAUGGCAUAAAUUACUAAGUUUGCCUACAAAACAAAUGAUUGUAAUUGACAGAAUGCAUUCAGGAGCUAGAAGACAAGUAACACUAGAUUUUGGAAAUCCUGUUGUGUUAACAGAUAUUGUCAUUCCGGCUUGUAAUGAUUUGGCCUCGCUUACGAUUGACGUUUGGUGUUUUGACGAAGAAAGUGAUUGUGUUCGCCUUGCAUUGUGUAAUGAUAUUUCCAUAAAAAUGCUGAUUUUGAAUGAUUUACAACCGCCACCAAUAUGUCGUUACUUGAGAAUGACCUUCAUGGGUCGAUAUGGUAUGUCAGCUACAAGAUGUAAAUUACCAAUGGGUUCCUUUUUCGGACACAACGUUAUACUUGAUAGAGAUAGUUAUGCUGAUCCUGUAAUGAAAGUUGUUUCAACUAAGAAAACUUAUUUGCGAAACCAACUAAAAGUAUUAAACGCUUUUUAUGAAGACACACACUGUCGAUAUUGUUUGGCGAGUAGUAAAUUAUCUGAUCUUCUGAGACCAUUACUCAAGACUGAAAAUUCAAAUAUGUCUCAUAUGAAGUCUUAUUUGAAUCGUUUAAAGGAUAAUGAUGAAAAUAAUCAAGAAUUUAUCAAAAUUUUUACUGUUUAUGAAGAAUGUAUGAUGUUUCAAAACCAAUUAAAUGUUGUAAAAAACGUCAUCAAACGCAUUGAAAUCACAUUACACGAGGAUCGACAAAAACUUUUGGAAGACUUGUCGUUAAGUCAUUUAUCAACUGAUAAGCUUCACGUGUUAAGCGAAUGUUUGAUUGAAUUAUUACUACAUUUUGUAUCCACAUAUGAUACUCAAAGUAUCUCUAUAUUGCACAGCUUUUUUGAUCUAGAAACAUGUAAUUUAUUGUUUAGAACAUUAGUAAUUUAUGGAGAUUCUCAUGUUCGCAUCGCCACUUGUUCCAUGAUCGUAAAGAUGUGUUCUUACUCAAUAAAACCUUGGUGGGGUAAUUUUUUUGCCGAUAUAUUUACAUCAAUUUUCUCAUCGCAAAACACCGAAAUCUUUCCGCAAGAUAGGGUUUUUAUACUUUUAACAUAUUUGGGAAGAAAAAGUAUACAAUUGAACACGUGCAGAACGAUAGUGUUGGACUCGAUUUUAAAAACUGUUGCAAACCUCUUGGCUCCAUUAUCUAACGAAUAUGAAAAUCAUCUUCAAAUAUGGAAAAAUACGGACCUGACACUUUUGAGUUGGUUACUUCUAUUCUUGUCUGUGUGUUUAGAUGAUAACAACGAUAAGAAAGACAAUUUGAACCCUCGAUGGGACUUCAUGUCUGGUGAUAUCGCAAAAGCUCGACUUUGUAUGACAAGUAGCAAUCCAAGAUCUUUCUCACGUUCAUUUAAAAAACGUUUUACACAAAAUAAGCAAACUAGCUCAAAUCAAAACAAUAUCGCUGAAAAAGUUUAUAUGAUGUCAGAGCAAAUUGCAAAUACACCAAGCAUGUUAUCUUCAUCUACAUCAAAUUUAGACUCGGUUAUUAACAAAGCUCAAGAUUUAAAGAACCAUUUAAAAAAACUUCUUCCGAAUGACAAUGAGUAUAUUUUUCCAAAAAGUUUUCUAAAAAAAUCUGUAGCAGAAAUUAGUUCUAAAACAUCAAGUUCUCUAAAUAAUAACGGAACCAAUAAAGCUGAAGAUCAGACGAAUGAAAAUGUUAUUGAUAAAGGACUAAAAUCAAUUAAAGGACAAAAUGUUUUGGUUGUAAUUAGAGGGCUAAUAGGAUUACUUCUUAACAUGGAUUUUACGUGUAAUAUGGAUCUGUUUUUAUUAACGUGCAAAAUAAUUGCAAAACUCGUUAAUGCAUGCAAAAUAUCAGUUCAACUUAGUUCAAUAAUAACAGUUCAACAGUUACUUCAACUUGUCAGGUUAGCUGUAUGGGAAAAUCAACAAAAUUCUUGGGCAGUUCAUGCAAUAACUUGUUUACUUCAAGAUAUUUUAGAAGCAGAUCGUAGUUAUAAGUCUCUUCUUAUGGAAAACACUGAUCCUGAUGCUAUGGAAGUUGACAUGAACAACGGAAACGAAAUAUCAUUAGCACAAGCAUUAGGUUUUAUGUCAGAAUUUCCAUCGUCUACAUCUAGUCAGUCAUCAUCAAUAUUUAAAGAUUUCUGUAACUAUGAAGUUUUCAAAACAGACACAAAAUAUCAACUUCCUUCACUUAUAGAAGAUGAUACAGAUGGCAUUGAGGAUAUACUUGAUGACAUUUUAGAACAGUCGAAAAAGCUUACUUCUACCGGAGUCACAAAAACUAGUUUUGUUAAAAAGGAUUUAGCUCCUUCAUCAAACUCACAAUCAAGAAGCACUUAUACGUUACUUAACAGAUGCAAAGUUUCUUCCACUAUGGACUCAAGAUUAGAAUGUGGAUUGGAUACAAAUACAGAAAUCAAUUUCAGGCGAUUAAUAAUGAAAUCAUCUGUGAAUGUUAUUACAAAUAUUCCACAACAAGAGACUUUCGAUUCAGUUCAUAUUGAAACACCACCAUGGCCAGCAUCAACUUUAUCCGCUUGGAAUAAUGCUGAAUAUCAGCAAAAGAUUGAUACAAAUAUCAUGUUAAUGGAUGUUUUUGAAACUAUUUUUACUGAUUUGCACCUUGAAGAUUCGUGGCUUAACUUAGAACAGGUUUUGCAAUUAUGGCUAACAUUGAAUGGAGACAGUAAUGACCUUCCAAAAAUCAUUUUCAAUAAUCUUCAAUCAAAAAUACCUUUUGGCGAGAAAGCUGUAAAUGGGCUUUUAAAGGCGUUAGCAACUCGACCAGCAUUAAAAAUUCGCGGUUGGUGCUUAGGAUUUCUCUGUUUAAUAUAUUCAAUGUCCAGCAAGUCAACGGAUGAUUUUAGUCAAAUUAGUGGAACAGCUGAAGCAGCAGGAUAUAACAAAAAAAUAGGCCAAUUGAUAAUUAAUAAUGAAAAUUUUGAAAAAAUGCUCCUACGUUUUUGCAAUGGAAUCUACAAGAAUAACUCCAUACAUUCUACAUUCGCAGGUCCUACAGUUUGUCGCUUACUUCAGGAGUUAUUUACAUGUCUUCAAGUGAAAUGUCAAUUGCGGGAUGAGUUAAAAGAAACAUUAUUACGAGUAUGCUACUCUUUGGUUCAAGUUGAUGGAGCUAUCAGUAAAUCAUGUGGUCCGAUCGAUGCACAAAAUCAGAUAAUUAAAGAGCUUUUAAAUUACCAAUACCAGAAGACAGAUUUGAGCAUUGCUAUGAGCAUAAUUGAAUGCGUUUCAAAUCUCAUUUAUCAUUUUAUUACAAACAUUGAAAAAAUUCAGUGUCAAAAGAGCUCUGAUGGGAACUCUAGUUCAAAUAAUGUUUUUGGAAGUCUUUUUGCGACAGUUUUAGGUGCUGAAAAUACGCAAACAAAAACUGUUACUGAUUCAACAAUUUUAAUGAAUUUAAUAAAAUUAUCAUCAAUAUUCAUCAGAACUAAACUUCCACUACCAACGGCACAUAAUGACGUUGAAACAACUUCAGUUGAUUUUGUUGAGAACGAUGAAAGUCAAACAGAUGAAAUUAAAGCCGAACAACAAAAUCAAACAAAUGCACAGGCAGUUAAAAGGAAUUGGCCAACAUUUACGGACACUGUCUUACAACAUUCUCCAACAAUGAAUAGAUUUCUUAGUGCACUCUCACAUUGUAAUACGUCUUCGACCGCAUUACUUGUAAUAUGCUCUAUUUAUUCUCCAAUAUAUAAUGAAUCAAAAAAUGCAUCAUUAAGUGAUCCAAUGAAUGUUGAGGAUGCAUUGUUUCAACUGAUAAUCUACAUGAAUAAGUUGGCAUCUCAACCUUCUUUCAUGUUAAAACCAUUAUUUGACUAUAUUAAAUUUGUGUCAAAUGUUCGUCAUGCGAUGCCGAAAAUAUACUUAUCUGAGCCAUUUCUCUGGUUGAUGCUGAAAAUUCUUGAAACCAAUGUGGCCCUUAAAGUGUUUUGUGAAAUGGGUGGAAUAAAAAUAUUGGCAGAAAAUUUAGUGAGAAGCAAUCGUACACUUUUAAAUACUCAUCCAAAUUUGGUUACAAUGAUUAUGCAGCAUUUAUCAAAGGCACAAAACCACGUCCAAACAAUAUCAAAUCAAACAAAUAAAAAAUCAAUUGGAUCAUUAAAGUAUGAUGAAGGAUUAAUAAAUUUUGCACCAUACUGUACAAUAACUUCUGAAAACCCUUCAGCUCAGCCUGCGGAUGUUUUGAUCCAAGGACAAGUAUCGUCGCAUCGAAGAGCAAGAGCUGCUGCAUGGAGCUAUUUAUUUUAUCCAAAUGAGUCACAUGUAGACCUAAUAUUAACACUACCAAUUGCUGUUCUCUUAAAAGAAAUACAACUUCAACCUCAUUUGUCAACUCUUGCAUCAUGUCCUUCCGCUGUAUCAAUUGAAAUCUCACGAGAUGGGAUGAAUCUAAUUCCAUUGACUCAACCGAUUGUCACAUCGGGUAUGACCUGUAUUCGUCUAAAAUUUCCUCAAGCAGAGAUUGCUACGCAUCUUGUAAUACGACUUUAUCGUCCAAAAGACAGCUCAACAAUUGGACUGUCAAUGAUUUCCGUUUUGGGUACAUCAAUAUUCAAUGACAAAACAUCUAUAUCAAAUUUAUCAUCAAAUAAUAAUGAUGGGAAUAGUGACGAAGAGGCACAAUCUGAAAUUAGUUUUGGAUGGUUAAGAAUUCUUGCACAGUGUUUCAAUGUUGUAACAUACACUGAUAAUUCAAUCUCAAAUUUAGUCAUUGCAUCUGCAUCAGAAGUCAAUGGAUUUAUGGAAUCUUGUUGUUCUCUUCUAAGCAUUGCUCCAUCAAUGUCUAAUUUUUUACUUCAAAACUUGGAAACUGUUCUCUUAAAAUUAGGAUUGCACAGCCAAGAAUUAAGCUUAAAGUUAAUUAAUAUUCUGUUAAAUGAAAGUAUUCCACAUAUAUUCAAGUUAUGUAAUGAGACAGUCUCCGAUAUCCUUUAUCAACUAUGUACAACAUCAGAUUGCUUUUCACGAGAUCGAAUGCGAAUGAUUAUUGAUUGGCUAAUGAACUUGGAAUUGAAUAAUCAAUUAAAAAAUAUCAAUCCAAAUAGCGGCUACAUAAAAUGUAUUGCAUCGAUUUUAUGGCAAGCUUAUGCUACAAACUUAAUAUUAGAUCUUGGAAAUUUGAUAAAAUUAGAGCUAUUUGAAAGGCUAUAUAGUUGGUCAGAACAGAUUUCUGAAAAAAGUCCAAUGAAACUUGCAAUUGAUUCUGCGUUAUGCUCUGUUUGCUGUAUUAGACCAGAGUUUUUUAAUCUACUAUUAAAGAAAGUAGGCAUUCUGGUAGCAACAAAUAAUUUAUCAUGUCUUAGUGAUGACAGAAAGGAAAAUGAACGACUGAUGACAGACGAUAAUAAGCAAUUUAGUAAUGAGACUGAAGAAUGGUUUUCUAAUUAUACUAUUCAAAAUCUUUCAAUGUUGAAUUUAUCUUCAUCACAAAUGAAAACUAUUGCGAUGGCUUGCCAGUCUCCCUUAACUAUAUAUCAAUUAAUCGAUUCUGGUCUUCCUAGUCUAUUUACAACAGCUAUUUUAGAAUUCUGUCAUCUUUCAUCGAAUCAUGAAUUGCAGUACUCAUCAGCAUGCCAAACUGAUGCUGACAAAGCAUUGAAAGGAAAUUUUCCGAUGGUAAACGUUAAGAAAAUCACAGAUAUACUUAGUUUUAUGAGUGAAAUUUGCUGCGAAGAUGGACACAUGAGAGACUGGUUGGGAUCAUAUGAAGGAUCAAUGUGGAUAGAACCACUAUUGUCUUUAAUGUGUAAUAAUAAAUUACAAAAUUCAAUAAUCAAUGAUGACAUUAACAAUCAGACAUUUUUGGAGUUGGAGGAAACAGUCAUAAAGUUUUUGUCAAAUUUCACCUCUUGUCAUCCAAAGAAUCAAGAUAUACUCACAACUAACUUGAUAUCAGUUAUUCGUACAACCGAGAAAAACAAUUACAAUAUUAGCCAUCAAAGUCCUGGAAGUUCAACUCAUCCAUCAAGUUUGUUAAAUACAUUAUCAUAUAAUAUGAAAUAUUCAAUUUCUGGAUUCACUAGACGUCUUGUUCUGCAAAUUUUGCUUGAAAGCGAAAAAAUGGUAGUGAGUGUCAGAAGCGAUUUGCCUCUUCUAAGGAAAUACGAUGCAAACAUGACAUACAUUAGUAAUCACCCAUCGAAAAAACCAAAUUCUCAUCAUCUUUUGUUCUAUGUUAGCAUAAAUACUAAAUGCCAAGAAAUUUUGCAGAAUAGCAUAUCUGUGUAUAACAAUUUGCUUCCAUCAAUCAGUACCAAUGAAGGAAUAUCAACAAAGUCUUUAGAUUUUCCCAUCGAUAAUCGUUCAGAGAAAAAAGAUUUGUGGGAUUUAGGUAUGCAAAUGAAUUUUGGAAUGGAAUUUUUAAGCGUUGCUGCAGGUGUUCAAGCAAAAGACAAACGUUCUAAAGAACUAAAAAACCAAGAAAAUGAACAGAAAACAAAAGAUAUUUUUAAUGUUUUUAAAACGAAAACUGAAGAAUCAAAAGGAUUACCUCACAGUAUUCAAUUUUUUCAUAACGCUUGUCCAGAUAUCGCAAUCACUAGCGACACGACUGUAGCUCAAAUUUUGACAAUGCUCAAAUCGAACGGCAUCUCAUUAUCAACACCAUGCAUUAAUUUAAAUUUGAUUCAAUUAAAGAAUAAUUCAAAUGAUGAUGAUGCUGCAUCUGAAAUUUUGAAAGCUUCAGAUUUUAAUCCAUUAUCAUCUCCUUUGCAAAUAUUCUCAAGUCGUGGGGGAUUAUCAUUGUUGGCACAUUAUCUUCCAACUGUUUACCCAGAGCAACCUAAACAUAUCCAAAAAUCUAGUGAAAAGGAAAAAAGUUUGCCUGGGGAAUGGGUCAAAGGAGAAUGGAUUAAAAUUGAACCAAACGAAGAAAUUUAUGAGGAUGUCGAUGACGGUAUUGAUAGUUCGUGUAAAAUUGCAAAUGUCAUAUCAUCAGUACCUCAACAUUCUCUAGCUGCAUUCGGACUUUUUCUUAAACUACCUGCCUAUUCUGAGGUGUUAUUACGCGAUAAAACUCGAGCACAGUGUCUUUUAAGAUUGAUUCUUGGAGUAACUGGUGAUGGGGAAGGAAAUGAUAUUUACAGUUUAACACUCAGUUCCUCUCUACCAACACUGCCAUUUGAGAUUUUGAAACAAUUAUUAGACAGUUCGCCGCUCUCAACAGAUGAUGGUGUUUUACUGAGACGAAUGAUUUGCGAAAUUGGCGCAAGUCAUCUUGUCUUAAAUUGUCUGAGUAUUUUUACUCAUCAUAGCUCCAAUUUAGCAACAGGCCAAGAACUCAUGAAAACAUCUUCAACGAAAUGUCAGACAGUGCUUAACGAAGAUCAAACAUCUGAUGACAAAAGUCACGUUUAUUGGGCAAAGGGCACAGGGUUUGGAACUGGAUCUACUCAACAAUCAUGGAAUGUUGAACAAGCGCUUCUGAAGCAAAAAAGUGAAGAAGAUUUUGUAACGGUACUUUUACAGGUCCUUUCAAGUUACAUCAAUCCUGGCGAUAUAAUUCCUAACGCUGAUUCAAAUAGCAUUAAUUAUCGCGAGUCAGCUUUAAACACAUGUGAUCUUCCACCACUUUUUAUAGAUCUUGUUCAACAAUCUUGUCUAAUUCCUGCAUUAUGCUCAUAUUUAAGAAACGACUCAGUUCUUGACAUAACAAGACACAUUCCAUUGUAUCGAGCAAUUUUACAACUCUUAAGAGCGCUGUCAAUUUCGACACAAUUGAUUAAUUUAUUAACAACAAAACAGGAAAACGAUUCAAAAACAUCAAUAGCAAGUCUACUUUUCAACAUGAAAUCCUGUGUUGACACCUAUGCUAGUCGUUUGAAGAUUAACAAGAAAUCUAAUUUGAAGGGGCAAUCACAGAAAAUAUCCAUUAAUCUCGAUGAGAGUGAUGACGAAGGAUUAGCAUUAUUAAUUCCAGACAUACAAGAGACCACUUCUUUAGUUCAAUCUGCAACAUAUUCAGAUAAUAAUAGUUUCGAUAAAGAACAACAGCAAUCGAUGGCUAUUGAAAAUCAAAUUAAUAAUACGAGUAUGGAAGAAAAAUAUUUAGAAGUCAUGAAAAAAUUACAGUUUGAUACAUUUGAGAUGAUAGCAGAGUCAGAAAAUGGAUACAGAUUUACAGUCUCUCAUCAUUUUGAAUCAAAUGUAAGGAUGAGUAAUGAUCGAGGAAAUCCUGGAAGAGUUAAACGCUUGGCUCAGGAAGCGACAACACUAUCAACAAGUUUACCACUUUCAUUUAGCAGUUCUGUUUUUGUUCGAUGUGAUACUGAUCGAUUAGAUAUAAUGAAGGUACUUAUAACAGGCCCAUCUGAGACUCCAUAUGCAAAUGGAUGUUUUGAAUUUGAUGUAUACUUCCCACAUGAUUAUCCAAAUUCACCAAUGAUGAUUAAUUUAGAGACGACGGGACGACAUUCUGUAAGGUUUAACCCUAAUUUAUAUAAUGAUGGGAAAGUUUGUCUUAGUAUUUUAAACACUUGGCAUGGAAGGCCUGAGGAAAAAUGGAAUGCUCAAACAUCUAGCUUCUUGCAAGUUCUAGUUUCUAUUCAGUCACUUAUAUUAGUAAGUGAGCCAUAUUUUAAUGAGCCCGGUUUUGAAAGAUCCCGUGGAACACAAAGUGGGAAUCAUUCGUCGCGAGAAUAUAACAGUAACAUAUAUCAAGCUUGUGUAAAAUGGGCUAUGUUGGAGCAAAUUCGAAAUCCAUCACCAUGCUUUAAAGACGUCAUUUUCACCCAUUUUUGGUUUAAAAGAAACGAAAUUUGUCAGCAAAUUGAAAGUUGGAUUGAUGAAUUGAGCCGCUCAACUCAAGUUAGCGAACGUUGUGGAAGAACAAUUUCUUUUAAUUCGAUGGUUCUAAAACGGCAGUAUCGACAACUGAGAGAUGAAUUUGCAAAACUAUCAGUGCCGGAAAACUUAAAAAAUUUCAAAAAUCCAUUUAAUUUAAAUGCAUUAUCAACUGGUUCUUUAGAAAAUGAUAAAUUUGAAAAUUUGGAAGAGUCCAAACAGUUACAAAUAGAACAAAAAAAUAAUUCUGAUAUCGAAUCAUCUAUCAUACAAAUAGAUCAAAUGAAGGAUAUUCAGGAGAUGGUAACAGAUGAUUAAUUUACUAUAUUCAAUUUUAAUUUUUUCCUGAUAAAAACAAGAGCAAAAUAUUAAAAACGGGGCUCGUCGAAUAAAAUCCGAAUAAAAUUAAUACAAGAAAAUAUUUGAAUUUUUCCCUCUUUUUAUCGCUAAAUAUUUGAUGAAUUAUAUUUUUAAAAUUUUGAUGUAUUCUGAAGUUUAGAGUAACUUUAAGCUUUUUGAACUAGCAAUCUUAUUUGAAAAAGUAGUAAAAAAAAAUUUCUUCAGUUUAUCUUUAAAAGUGAUUUUCGUGCAAAAUUUUAUGCUUUAAAAUUUUCUUUGAUAUAUUUAAGUUUUUAUGUCGAGUUUCAGCGUCAGAGACCGUGCUUUAACUAAGAUUUUUUUCUGUACCUAGAACGUUAACGAUAACAUUAUCUAUAUCAAAAUGAAGGUCUUGGAGAGCUCAAUAUGGGUAAUUCCAUGGAACAAUUUUUCUAUAAAAUUGUCUCUAAAUUGAUUUUUUCUAUUUCUCUGAGCUUUUUCUCUGAGAUAUGUAAAAAUUCAUAAGCUAUGUUAUUUAAUAAAAAUAUCUCUUCUAAAAUAGUUGAAUAGUGAAUUAUUUCAAUUUCUUCUGCUGUUACUUGUUAACGCUCAACAAAAAAUUGUUCAAUUCUACAAACUUUUACUUCUCAUUCAUUAGCUACUUUUAUAAUAGAAAAUAUAUACAGGAUGAUAGGUUCUUGAACAUUCAAUCAUAUUUUGACUCAAGGUUAAUUCAAGAGUAUACGGCCUGUUUCACUAAAGUCGAUUAUCGUCGAUUUCGGAUUAUCCACUUCAGUUUUUUGGAAAUAUCUUCAGACGCUUAAGGUUAUUAAGAGAUCGAAUGUGUGAUCUAGUUGGAGUACUUUGCCACUUAAAUUAACAUAUUAACACGUGCUUCUUAAAUUUCAAAUAAUUCCAACUGACUUUGAUAUCAUAUCAUAUUUCCUAUAGAUUCUUUUUUAUUACAAUUUGAAUAAAUCUAAAACUUAGGAAAUUGACCUAUGAGCAAGCAUUUAUCCAGAAAUAUUUUUUAUGAUUUUAAAACCAAAAUUUGGAAAUUUCUUUUUUGUAGUUUUCUUGUCGCUAAAAUCUGCCAAAAUUAUCUCAAAUUUAUUUUGAAAUUUUGAUUUAAAAUUAUCAAAAAUGAAGAAAAAUGAACUAUAAACAUUUUUUUUUUACAAUUUAUUUAAUACCGGUGUUGAAAACCCUAUUACAAACAUGCUGUUUCUGACACUGAAUUCAUUUUCGACGAGCCGUAAUCAAUUUCUUUUUAAUUAAAUAUUUAUGGUUUAAAAGGGAUUAAAUAAAGCUAUGGAAGAAUGAUCCAAAAAUUAAAAAAAAAAAACAAUUCAAUCGAAAAAUUUUAUUUAUGUAUUUUUUUUUUAUUAUUGAAUUUACAAAUUUUAUAUCAUACUGAAUUUAUAUCAACAAAAUGGUAUUUUAAAAUCUUUUUUUUAAGUAGUAAGCUGUUUCGAACAACAUCUUGCGGUAAAUUACUUUAAUUAUUUUUUAUAAGAGAAGAAAUAAAAGACAAAGAAUUAGUUAUCAAAUCUAUCAUUCAGUAAGUUAUUUCUUCUUGCUAUUCUUAUCAUUUUUGGCGCCUUUUGAAUUUUGGCUUGCAACUUUCGCUUUUUUAUUUUUCGGUUCUUCUUGAUCCUCUUCUCCAUCAUCAAACUCUUCUUCAUCGAUUUCUUCCUCGAUUUCAUCAGUAUCAAUGUCACCGAUUAAAUGAUGACCAUGAAUAUGAACAGGACCUUUUAUUAAAAAAAAGAUAUUUUAUUUUUGUUGUGUACCUAACAUCGUAAGCGGGAAAGUGAAAAGUUGAAAAGCAUGCUGGACGAAAAAGGAAGUUUAGAUCUUCUUUAAGUGUUGUACUUUAAUUUCAGCUGUUUUCAAUUUGAUAAUUAUAUGCAAAGGCUUUUUAAUAAAUACCACUAGAUUUGCUCUCAAAAAAUUACGAAAUAAGCUAGAUUUUUGCGACCUUUUACUUUCACUUUAAAUUUUUUUUGUUCUCAAACAUUGUACAGUAGCGAGUAAAAGUAAUUGGCCACUCACAUUUUCUGCUCUAUCUUUUGAUUGGAACCACGAAAAGUGAUGAAAUUUUCACCAAUUAUUCCAUUUUUUAUUACUAAUACACUAAUGUAAGCCUUAAUUCAUAAUUCAUUCAUUUUUGUACAGUUUUUCCACAAGGGAGUUUUUUUGAGGGAGCAAAAGUAAUUGGCCACUUUUUAGAUUACAAUUGUUCAAAGUUAAUCAUAGAAUUGAAUAUUUAUUUGAACGUAUUCUGGUAAAAACUGUACUAUUAGUGUAUUAGUAAUAAAAAAUGGAAUAAUUGGUGAAAAUUUCAUCACUUUUCGUGAUUCCAAUCAAAAGAUAGAGCAGAAAAUGUGAGUGGCCAAUUACUUUUACUCGCUACUGUAUAUUGGCAAACUUUUCAAAGUGAUUGAAAUGUUUUGCAUACAAGCUUCGAACAGGACUUAAACUAAGGUUCUUUAUUUGCUCGGUCACCGUGUGCACAACAUUUCAUGUGUGCUGAUCGGUGAAAUUUCUUGUUAAAAUAGCUUAAGACAUACCUUCUCCUUGAAUCAAUGUAAAUUUGAUUGGAGCAUCAGGAAAUUCUAGAAAACUUUGACUGCAUCGAUUCUCUCCGACUUUUAAAACAGCAAUCGGAAUUUUAACUAUUGAAUCCUCAGAUUUUGUCUCUACCUAAGAGUUUUAAUAUUUAAAGGUUAAUUACACUAGAAUUUUUAUAACUAAACGCAAUAAGUUAUUUACCUCAACAACGUUGUAUUCAUCUGAUUUUGCUUCAACACCAAGUAAUAUCUGUUUUACAAUUAACUUAUUAGCUCUUGGAUACUCUUCGGCACCACUUGUACUUUCGGGAUUCCAGAGGACAUGAGCUUUAGCUCCUUUUAAUGUAACAC